AUGACUGGAUUUCUGGAUCUUCCAUAUGAGGUUCGCGAGAUUGUCUACAACAAGGUUCUUGGAAUCAUCAUCGCAAGACGUGAACGUAUCCUCUGGGUUCCGGAUGUCUUGGAGCAGGAUAUCAAUCAUCAGACCCUCGCCAUCACGUACAGAAGAGCAAGAGACUUCGACUCGCAAGAGCAUGGAAUCCUCCUGUGGAUUGGCGAUAGGUGGCCUGCUGUCCGUCACCGCGACAUUGCAUCGUUUGUAUCUUUAGCUCGAACUUGUCAGGCUCUGCACACCGAAGUCUCAAGAUUUGCCUGGAAAGCAUCGGAUUUUAAAGUCGAGGGGAGUCUUGACAUGAUCCGUGAGUUGCUCCGUCAUCGUCUUGCUCUCCACAUGUCGGUCGUUACCAAGAGCUUCAUCACAUCUUUGGAGCUGAUCAUCUCCGAACCCUGGGAGAUGGAAAGUCUAGAGGCCAUGAAAGAUAUCGUACAGAUGAUCAACGCUCAUCUACCUGCAUUGGCAAUUCUGACACUGAGAGUCCCUAAUGUCACGCUUCGUGUCCCGGCAAGCAACCUCACAAUGCGCUCGCUGUGUCAACCAGCCAAGGCAAUGCUUGCACAGCUUCUUCCCCUGCGUUCUGAACUGCUUAUCGACUUCAAAGGUGGCUGUGAUUUAUGGUCGGCCAGCUGCAGCCACUAUCACAGUGGCCUCAACGCACAUAUGCCUAAGAUAUCCACACUAGUCGAGCUACUGACGACCAACUAUGCAAUCAUCCGUGCAAAAGCUAUCAACAGACAGCGCAAGAAGAUCGAAAACGACUGCUUGGAUUCUGACUACUACAUCCACAUGACACUAGGCCUGCGUUCCUCCACUCACUACGAAACUAUCCGUUGCUGUCUCGAUCACAAAAUUCAGAAUCACCUGAGGAAGAUUUAUCUACCCAGUCUCAAGAUGACUACGAGAUGUGCAUCACCAGACUCGGACGAUCGAGCCCUGCUUCUCAAAUCUCGUGGAGAGAAUGGUCUUUUCCGCAUCAAGAAUGAGCAAGACUGA